UGCACACACACACACACACAAACACAUCAUAUCUUAAUCUCAUCUUUCUUGCACUAAAUAUGCUCUGCUGGGAAUUGUGCUUAGUUCUGCUGCUUACUGGUUUCUCAGUGUGGGCUCUGCCUUCAACUAACAUCAAGAUCACCCAAGCACUGCCCCUACAACUAUCAGACUCAAACCAGCCUGUAACAUGUCCAUUAUUCUGGACUGAGUUUGAAGGCUACUGUUACCGUUUUUUCCCUCUGAACCGGACCUGGGCUGAAGCUGACCUAUAUUGUGCAGAGUUCUCCAAUGGACACAAAUCAGCCAAGCUCACCUCCAUCCACAGCUGGGAAGAAAACGUGUUUGUCUAUGAUCUUGUGAAUAGCCGUGUACCAGGAAUACCGACAGAUAUUUGGAUUGGACUUCAUGAUAGAAGACAGGAGGGCACUAUGGAGUGGACAGAUGGGUCACCUUAUGAAUACAGUUACUGGGAUGGAAACCAGCCAGAUGAUGGCAUUCAUCGCAUCCCUGUGGAGGAGGACUGUGUGGAGAUCUGGUACAGACAAAACAGUGCUCUAAGGUCGUGGAAUGACAACAGUUGUGAUAAGGCUUUUCCAUUCGUCUGUAAGAUCCCUACACUGGAAAAUUAAUCUUUCACAAGAUCUGAGAUUGUAUAUUCAGUUCUUUAUAGCAAACACUGACACCAAAACAUAUGAAUAUCACAGUACAGCAGUUGUCCUCUCAUCUUCAUCCUUGCAAUGAUGAUGAUGGUCUCUCUCCAGCUGCACUCUGCACCUCACUUCGUUUUCCUGCCCCCAACGCUGUUGCCAUAGUGCUGUUCCUCUGGGGCUUAGGGGUUUAGACCAGUGAGUCACGACACAUAGACAUUCCUCCAUUCUUAUCUUUUAAAAAUGAAAUGACACGUUUCUUUCUGUAGAGGGAUUGUUGAUUACACAUUUAUUUUUGAUAUUGAUGUUAGGGCUAUUUCUAUGGAUUGUGUACCAGUCAGCCCUUGAGUAAGUUGCACCAACAGAUUUAUAAAAACUUUGUAAAGAGCACUGAGAUUUUGGAUGUUUUUAAUAAGAACUGAGUGCAUAUGAAACCCCACCCUUCAACAGAUGCUUGUUCAUGCUAUGAGGACAUCUUUUGGAUAACUGGAUUUCAUGAAAUGUUAACAACCUUCUUAUUAUGAAAUGGCUUGUUUACAUGCGGUUCACCCAAAAAUGAAAAUUGCAUCAUUUAUUCACUCUCUGUUGAACACAAAAUACGAUAUUGUCAUAAACGAUAGUAACCACGCAGUUGCCUGUACCCAUUGACUUCUAUAGAAGGAAAAAUAAAUACUAUGGAAGUCAAUGGCUACCGUCAACUAUGUGCUGCUCAAAAUAUCAUUAUCAAAGUAGUGCUGGGCAAAGAUUAAUCGUGAUUAAUCGCAUACAAAAAAAGAGAGUUUUUUUUUGUAAUUAUUAUGUAUAUAUAAAUACACACACAUUCAUGUAUGAAUUUAAGAAACAUUUACAUGUGUUUAUAUAUUUAUCUAUAUUUUUAUAUAUUCUAUAUGAUAUAUAAAUAAAAAAUAUAUAUAUUAAUAAAAAUGCCGAAAUGAAUAUAUGUAUGUGUGUGUGGUUAAAUAUACAUAAUAAUUACACACAGCACACACUCAUAUAUUAUGCAAAAAAAUCACUUUGAUUUUGUAUGCGAUUAAUCACGAUUAAUCUUUGCCCAGCACUACUUUAAUAAUGAUAUUUUGAGCAGCACAUAGUUGACGGUACCCAUUGACUUCCAUAGUAUUUAUUUUUCCUUCUAUAGAAGUCAAUGGGUAGUCAUACAGGUUUAAAACAACAUGUGAGUGAGUGAAUAAAUUAUGAGAGAAUUUUCAUAUUUUUGGGUGAACUAUCUCUAAUGUAUAUCUUUCAGACAGGGAGGUCUAUGUUUGUGUACAUGUAUUGUUUUUUAAGUCUGGAUCUGGCCUGGUUUUCAGAAUGCUGUCCCAGUGCACAUUGAUCUAUUACUGACUUAGAAGGUGAGAUUUUGAAAGAGUAGGGAUUUAGCUUCAGAUGACAGAAAGAGCUUAACCACAGUCUGGCAGAUGACCUUUCAUGCUUUCUCUCUAUCGAUGGAUUAUACCAAUUAGUGAUUGGAAAAUCUCUGUUCCUCCAGAAAGCUCUUAUGCAUAUAGAUUUGUAUCACUGCAUGCUGGGCAAAAUUCUGAACUAAAAUUGCCCUCCUUGCCGUUUAGUUGUUUUUGAUUGUGACUAUUGAAGUAUUUUUUUUAAGUAGAUCCAACUUUCACUCUUUAUAGUGCAGUUGAAUAAAUUUUUUGGAUUUCA